CGUGCCGUUACGCUGUGACGACAUGCAAGAGCAGCGGGUCCCGAUUGCUGCAGCCGCUUGUCAUUGUGACGAAGAUUGGCACGAAGUUCAGUGGAGCUGAAGAUCAGCUUUAUAGGAUGCUCAAGUGUUGUCCACAGCAACAGUAACUAUGAUGACAUCCCCAUCGGUGUCCAUGGAGGGUUACCAAGAGGCUGAGCAGAUGCAAAUGGGAGAGCAGACGGCGGGACAAGCGGAGGAGAGUUUGGAGGAAGAGGAGAGCAGCUCAGCACCGUCUGAGCCACAGACUCCUAUGGAGGUCUACAAGACAGCCAUUUACAGACACCCCUUGUUCCCCCUGCUGGCGCUGCUCUUUGAGAAAUGCGAGCAAUCGACUCAGAGCUCGGAGUGCGUGACCUCGGCCAGCUUCGAUGUGGAUAUCGAGAACUUCGUGCGAAACCAGGAGAAAGAAGGCAAGGCUUUCUUCAGUGAGGACCCCGAUUUGGACAAUCUGAUGGUGAAGGCCAUCCAGGUGUUACGGAUUCACCUGCUGGAGCUGGAGAAGGUGAAUGACCUGUGUAAAGAUUUCUGCAGCCGCUACAUCGCCUGCCUCAAGACCAAGAUGAACAGCGAGACGCUGCUCAGCGGAGAGCCAGGAAGUCCCUACUCCCCAACACACACACAGCCGCCGAGCUCGUUCUCUGGAGCCAUGAGUCCUCAAGGUAUUGUGGUGCCAGCGUCGGCUUUACAGCAAGGCAACGUUACUGUCACAGCCGUAAACCCCACACAGGUGGUCACAGGUGGGACGGUGUAUCAGCCUGUUACAGUUGUUACUCCACAGGGGCAGGUGGUCACACAGACGCUGUCACCUGGAACAAUACGCAUCCAGAACUCACAGCUUCAGCUGCAGUUGAACCAGGAUCUAAACUUUUUCUGUCAGGAGGACAAUUCGUCUAAGGCCAAGAGAGGGAUCCUUCCCAAACACGCCACCAAUGUCAUGCGUUCCUGGCUCUUCCAGCACAUCGGUCACCCUUACCCUACAGAAGAUGAGAAGAAACAGAUCGCCCUGCAGACCAACCUCACCCUGCUGCAGGUUAACAACUGGUUUAUUAAUGCACGCCGACGGAUUCUUCAGCCCAUGCUGGACGCCAGCUCCUCGGACACACCCAAGAGCAAAAAGAAGACCCCCCAAACGCGCCCCCUACAACGCUUCUGGCCCAACUCCCUCGCCUCCUCUGUGUCCCAGCAACAGGUCACCAUGGAAGACGGUACUAUGGUAACAGUCGGUGUGGGUGAGGACGGCCUCCAGACGCUCUCAUCAGAUGGAGCUACGCUGGCCAUGCAGCAGGUCAUGAUGGGAGGUCACAGCGAGGAGGAGGAGGAUGAAGAGGACGAGGACGAGGACAAUGAUCCUUCCCACUCCGACAUGACCAGGCUGGGCCUGGAGACCAGUGACUCGCUGUAGUAGGACUGAACGACACACACACACAGUAUAGAGAGAGACAUUUGAAGAAACACAAGAAAACACAAACACCUUGGCUGACAUGUUGAAGGUCACAGAACGUCCUCAAGCUGUCAAACAGCUCGUCUGAAGCACAGAGAAAGGGCUUAAAGCCACACACACACCGAAACAACCCAAACACACAGGUCAAACUGAAGACACAAGCACAAGUCUCUCUCUCGGCAGAACGCACGCAUCAGUUAGCCGAGUGCACUUUUUGUAUGAUACUGUAAACUUUAAAGAAAGUGUUCAAAGCACAUUUUGAAAGAGCUAAAAGGAAGGAAAGUAAAAAAGAAAUAUGUUGAUGCUGGAUGAUUCAGUUGUACUUAUCCUCUCGGUCUGGGAUUUGGUCUCUUGGUAUGCCUGUGUUUGCUUUAAUCAGGCACCAGGAAAAAGAAGGAACUAUUUUUAUAGUACACUGUCACAAGUGACCGGUGCCAAUUUGUUUGUUUUGCUCUGGUUUGCUAUGUUUUGUAAGGAGUAUUUAUGUAUGAAAAAGACAAAAACAAACACUUUUAACGUGCUCACCCUGUUUUGAAGGGAUUGUGGUAACUACUUAGUACAAAGUACAAAUAAUGACUAUCCGCUGAAGGCAUAGACUCUGAAGCCUUAUGUUUUUACAUUUCUAAUGCCACAAUGUGAGACGCUCUCAUAUUUAUGGAAGCUUAUUUCUGCUACAAAAUAAAACAAAAUUUAAAAGGUUA